AUACAAACAUAUUUUCUGGGUAGAUUUUAAUGAUGGCAAUCUUUAUUUAAAAAAAGUCGUCUACACGUCAUCUCGGUGUGUUGGCUGUCAAGUUUGCAAAUUGUGAUUAUUUUAUGAUAUUUGAGAAAUUUAAAGCUAUAUCAAAAUGGUGCUCAUAGCGGCAACAGUAUGUACGAAGUCAGGAAAAGCUCUGGUUUCACGUCAAUUCGUCGAAAUGACGAAGGCACGUAUCGAGGGCUUACUUGCUGCCUUCCCGAAGCUCAUGACUGGGGGGCGACAACAUACAUUUGUAGAAACCGAGUCUGUAAGAUAUGUAUACCAACCGUUGGACAAGUUGUACAUGUUACUGAUUACUACUAAAGCCAGCAAUAUCCUGGAAGAUCUGGAGACACUGCGUCUGUUCAGCAGAGUGGUGCCUGAAUACUGCACUCAGUUGACAGAGGCUGAGGUACUGAACCAAGCUUUCAACCUGCUGUUUGCUUUUGACGAGAUUGUGGCUCUCGGGUACAGGGAGAGUGUCAACUUGGCACAGGUUCGCUCCUUCGUCGAAAUGGACUCCCAUGAAGAGAAGAUCUAUCAAGCUGUGCGCCAGACACAAGAGCGCGAAGCCGCUAACCGCAUGCGGGAGAGAGCCAAGGAGCUGCAGCGCGAGAGACUGGAGGCCGCCAAGCGAGGUGUUCCCACACGCAGCCAGAUGGCAUUCGGAAGCAGUUUUAGCAGUUCAUCGAUGUCUUCAUCAGCGGUGUCAGAGCCAAUCGCUGAAAAGAUUCCCACUACACCUGCGCGUGAGACUGCUCGUCCGGCCGGUCGUUCUGCCAUGAAGCUGGGUUCGCGUGGCACGGACGCGGAGUCGUUCGUGUCGCGCCUGCGCAGUGAGGGCGAGGCGGUGCCUGCGCCUGCGCCGCUGCGCCACGACACGCCCAAGCCAAAGCCCACUGAUCAUAAGGAUGUACACUUGCGUUUCGAAGAGCGCUUGACUUUGGUGGCCGGACGAGAUGGUGACGUACAAAACUUUGAACUUAGCGGUCUGCUGACUCUUCGCAUCAGUAACGAGCAGUUCUCUCGUAUACACGUCCAUGUUGACAACCAGGACACCAGGCCACUGCAGCUGCAGACGCAUCCGAACGUUGACAAAGAAGCGUUCCGGUCUGUCGGCGUGAUCGGCCUCAAGCAGAGCCAGCGAGCCUUCCCGCUCAACAGCGACGUCGGCGUCCUCAAGUGGCGCCUCAACGCUAGCGACGACAAGCUGGCGCCGCUCUCAGUGAACUGCUGGCCGUCAGAGGGCGCGGGCGGCGGCUGCGACGUCAACAUCGAGUACGAGCUGGAACACGAACAUCUCACGCUCACCGACGUCAACAUACAUAUACCGCUGCCGUCCGGCAACACUCAGGUGGUGGUACAUCAGUGGGAAGGCAGUUACUCGCAGAAGGGCCGCACACUGCUGUGGACUAUCCCCAUCAUCAACAAGCAACAGAAGUCUGCCAGCCUCGAGUUCACUGUUACCCCAGCGGUACCGAACGACUUCUUCCCCCUGACGGUGACCUGGACAUCAGACACCUCGCUCGCACUCCUCAAGGCUACGAAGGUAACGCAUGCGGAAGAUAAUUCACCCGUCGACUACUCCCAAGAAAUCAGCUUCCACCCAGAUAAGUAUGAAAUUGUGUAAAAACGUCUAUAUAAGACUCAAUAUUCUAAAAAUCUUGAAACUAGCUGUUGUCUGUAAGUACCUCCCACGCCUGCAUAUAAAGUAGCAUAUCCAAAGUAAUAUUGUAAAUGCGAAAGUAAGUCUGUCUGUCGUUUCUUCACCCCUAUACUACUGAACCGAUUUGUGAGAAAUUUGGUACAGACAUAGUUUGGAACUUGAGACAGGACAUAGGAUUUUUAUUACAAAAAAAAUAUAAAAAUAAAAUGUAUUCCGGCCAUAUAGAGCCAUCUAUUGGUCAAACCCAAAAAUCUGCCGGUCGUCACUAUUCCACGCGAACGAAGUCGUGGGCAAAAACUAGUCUUCUAAAAUAAGAACCCUUUCAAAACUAUUGAACUGAUUUGAAAAAUUCACUGUUGGGAAGCUAGACUAUCCCCGAGUAAUAUGGGCUAUCCUUACUAAUAUUAUAAAUGCGAAAGUAACUCUGUCUGUCUGUCUGUUACGCUUUCACG